AUGACAGACCCUCGUGUUCUUCUGCAAAAAGCCGACAAAGCGCUCUCCAGCGCCUCUGGUGGCUUUAGCCUGUUCGGCGGACGCACCGAGAAGUACGAGAAUGCCGCGGACCUGUACACACAGGCAGCAAAUGCCUUUCGAGUCCAGAAACUGAACAAGGAAGCCGGUCUAGCUUUCGAGAAAGCCGCCUCCAUCCAAGCCCAGAACCUCAACGAGCCCGAUGACGCCGCAAACUCAAACCAGGAAGCCUUUAAAGUAUACCGCAAGACAGAGCCUGUCGAGGCCGCGCGCGUGCUCUCCGCCGCCAUCCAGCACUAUGUUCUGCGGGGAAACCUGCGCCGUGCCGCGACGCAGCAGCAGCACUUGGCCGAGGUGUAUGAGGUGGAACUGGGUGAUACCAAGAAGGCGUUAGAGGCCUACGAACAAGCUGCGGACUGGUUUGAGAGUGAUAAUGCUGAGGCACUUGCAAACAAGCACUACCUCAAGGUCGCCGAUCUGGCUGCCCUGGAAGGGGACUAUUACAAAUCCAUCAAUCACUAUGAGCGCGUGGGCAAGUCAUCCGUCGGGAACAAUCUAAUGAGGUGGUCCGUGAAGGACUAUUUCCUCAAGGCAGGCAUCUGCCACCUCGCCACAAAAGAUUUGGUCGAGUCAGGCCGUGCUCUCGAAUCAUACCGCGAGCUCGACCCGACCUUUGCUUCGACUAGAGAACACCAACUGCUCGUAGACCUGUUGGAAGCCGUUGAGAAGAAUGACCAGGAGUCCUUCUCGGAGAAGCUGUACAUGUUUGACCGGAUGAGCACACUCGACCAGUGGAAGACGACUAUGUUGCUGCGGGUGAAGAGCAAUAUCGAGGAGGCAGAGGAGGACUUUUCGUAG